CAACUAUUUGGUAUUGUAAAAAAUGAGGGUUGCUUAUAGACCAGAGACACAGGUGCAACAGCAGAGAGUAGCCGUGCAGUACACUUCAAGCAGUUGGUCCGAAGGAGUUAAAUAUAAAAGUGAUUUCUGUCGAAAUUAAAAGUCAUGACAGACCUUCCGAAUAGAGAAGACUACCCUUCCCUUCGGGAAGCAGAGGACUCCGACGAAGAGCGAGAGCUAACCAACCUCAACUGGCUUCUGCGAAAUCAAAAUGUUGCUUGGCCAAAAACGAUAGAUUCUAAUACAAAGGAAAGUUGUAAUAUAAAAUCCGUACCUCACAACUCUAAUAUCCGACGAAACCAAGUCCAACUGAUUUGUACAAGAAGUGAGAAUACUGUUAAAAAAUCUAAAAUAUUUCUUGAGUCUAAAGCACAAAGAACAAUAGCAAAGCGACCAACUCCAUCGGAACGCUUUGAAAUAUUUGUUAACAAAGUUAAAAGGGAUUUAACAGAAUAUGAAAAAUUGGCAACUAAGUAUGAAACUGAUGUGACUGAGAAACCGCCUUUUAACUAUUCACAUAUAAUUGGGAUGGCUAUGCUUAAAAAUGGUCGCAUAACUUUACAACAAAUAUGCGCAUGGAUAGAGGCAAAAUUUGCAUUCUUCAGAGUACGAAAGAAAUGGAAUAAUUCCAUAAGGCAUAAUUUAUCACUACACCACUGCUUUCGCAACCGAAAAAGAGAAGAAAAAGGCAAAGGCGGUUACUGGGAGUUGGGGGUUGACCCAAAAAAGUGUGAAAGAAAACGCAUUCGUAAUAGAAAACUAAGUCAUGCAAAACUAAAUCAGACUGCUAAAUACCAUUAUUCACUCACAACACAAAAUAAUGCCCAACCAAGUGUAACAAAAGGUGAGCCGUUAUCAGAAAAAGAGCAUGUGAAAUUAUCUCAACCAUACUAUUCACGAUUAGCUAAGAUGGCUAGGGCAAAUAACUUCUCAGAAAUAUCAGUAGCAAAUCACUUAAAAAAAUUAUCGUCAACUCCAACAAAAGUUAAUUUUGAGGAUUCUAUCGCUGAGGUAAAUGGAAUUCAAUUUGAAAAUUGUCCGUUACGAACCACAAUUAACGAGGACAUUUUCCAAAAGAAGUAUGAGCUUGAAAAAAUUAAAUUUAGCGCUGGAGAUUUAAUAACGGAGCCUCAAAACUUAAACUGUUUCAUAUCCCACAAGUUGGACAGUACCAACACGCAGAUUUCCGGAGAUGACGAUUUUAGUGCAUUCGAUAAUAUAAAUAUAUAUUCCGAUAUGACACCUGUGCUGGCAUGUACAUUAGAAGACCAAAUUAUAACAUCUGAUAUAUCGGGUCCUUGUCAUCCAUGCAACAUAACAAUUAAUUAUGAUUACACUAACUUCCGACCACUAGUGGAAAACAUUGAUGAUCAAUAUCAGUUUCGAAAUGAUGAUUUAUUAGAUAACCUUCUUGAUGUUUGUAUUACACGCUAUUAAAAAUUUGAAUACAUUUUUCGCACAAUAA